AUGGCCUUGAUUAUGGCGGGGGCACCCGGGAAUGGGCGGCGGGAGGUUGUUGAGAAGAUAUUGGCGGAGUUGGAAGGGUAUGUUGGGACUUUCCUGGCGGUGCAUGGAGGGGAGAUGAUGGAGGGGCGAAGGAGACUAACCACCCCACCCCCCUCCGUCCUCCCCCAAGAAUUCCGCGCUGCUUCCACUCCAUCACCAGAAAUCACCCACCAGAUCCCGAUCCGACCAACCCCCCCAUCCCUCGGCUUCUUCCAGAACCACCUCGACACGGCAAAUACCCCACUGCAGAUCCAAAACCUAUUAACAGCCUGGCCAGCAGUGACCACAAACCCUUGGUCCUCGCCCUCCUACCUCCUCUCAAAAACCCACUUCGGUACCCGCCUCGUGCCCAUCGAACUGGGCAAGUCCUACACCAUGGAGAACUGGUCGCAGAAGAUCAUGCCAUUCCGCGACUUCUUAAAGACCUACAUCCUCUCCCCGGAGGCCGACAGCUCGUCGUAUCCGGGGUAUCUAGCCCAGCACAGCCUAUUCUCCCAAAUCCCUUCAUUAAGGGAGGAUAUUUUAACGCCGGAUUAUUGCUAUAGCACGCCACCACCUGCACCUCCUGGUGCACGUACGCAUCCGCUUGAAGUCCCAAUCGUCAAUGCUUGGUUCGGCCCCGCGGGGACGGUCUCGCCGUUGCAUACGGACCCCUACGCCAACAUUCUAUGCCAAGUUCUCGGACGGAAGUACGUAAGGCUCUACCCGCCCUCCGAGAGUGAGAGGCUGUUCCCCAGGGGUGUCGAGGGGGGCGGAGUGGAUAUGUCGAAUACUAGUAGGGUGGAUAUGGACGCUGAGGGCGGUGGAGUGGAGGUGGAGGAGUGGGAGAGGUUUCAGGAAGCGAGGUAUUUGGAAUGUGUGUUAAAGGCUGGUGAGGGAUUGUUCAUUCCGGUUGGGUGGUGGCAUUAUGUCCGCUCGUUGGAUACAAGCUUUAGCGUGAGCUUUUGGUGGAAUUAGGGGUGGAGCAUGCACGGAAAAAGGGCGUGGGUCAAAAAGUUGUGAUUUCCGUUCCUGUAGAAGACGGUGCACGAAGAAAAAAGUAGACUGGACGGUAGAAUAAUACAAAUUUG